AUGAAGCAAUCUUCAUGGGGUUGCACAAUCUUUAUACAGUUAUCUCUCUGUCUUAUUGUCUAUGUGUCUCUGCAUUUGGGUCACCCAUUCUUCUUCUCUAUUAAGGAUGGUGACGACAAUGCCGGAGUUUUAGAUCUUCAUUUCAUCUCCGUCGCCGGAGGUUUCAGACAGCUUCACCGGCAAACUCAGCUUCUCCGAUUGAUGGAGAGAGUUGCAGAAACUCAUAAGGCAAAAUUUGUGGUGAGCACAAGUGAAUAUGGAGAAGAAGAUCCACUUCUGCAAAAUGCUACUCGAAGGUUUUCUUCACUGAAACUUCCAUGGUAUACUACGAAGAAAGGAUCUGGAAAUUUCAGAGAGCACAUCAAAUUGCCUUUUGGUGGAUCCUUGGAUGUUAUUUUCGUAGACACUAGCUCGAUACAGCAGGAAGUGUUCGGUGGAGCACUGAAUGGCUCGAUGAUCAGUCAAUUGAAAGAGCUGACAACGAUUCUAAAAGCAGCAGAUGGAGACUGGCGUAUUGUGGUUGGAUCAGACCCGUUACUCGCCUCUACUCUGAGUAAGGAAUCAGAGGAAGCCAAGGGAGUUGCAAGCUCAUUUCAUCAAAUCAUGACCAAAUAUGGAGUGAACUUAUAUAUAAGCGAAAAAGGCUGCACCAGCGGAGUUAGCGACAGGAGCUUCACUUGCAUAACACUUCCUUAUCGAUCGCAGGACCAAGGUCCAACGAAUGAUGUUAAGAGAGAAAUGGAAGAUGGGUUUCUUCUUCACAGAGUUAGCUUCUCAGAGUUUGUUACUUAUACUAUCAACUCAUCAGGACAAGUCAUGGACACAAGAUUAGUUAAGCAGAAGGGCAAAGAGUCCAUCUAA